AUGGCUCUUUAUAUUGAUAAAAAAAUCGAAGAUCCAUUAGCAGGACCUCAGAAAACUCUCCUCACUUGGCACAAAUGUUUUCCGAUCGUUGCAGUUGCAUCUUAUGAUGACAAUUCAGGAGGUGUAGUAAGUAUUUAUACAAAUGACUGUAGUGUUGUGCGGACGAAAAUUUCUCCUCGCUUAGGUAUUCAAGUUACUGCAGUGGAAUGGCACCCCACAAAAAAAUGUAUGGUAAUUGGAUGGGAAAGUGGCGAUCUAGCCAUAUGGAGUGAAAUUGGAGGAAGAGAAAUUUACUCUUUCACCAAGCAUCAUAACAAUGUUGUGUGUUCUUUGGCUUUCAAUGAAAAUGGGAAAUUUUUUGUGACAGGAGAUAUUGAUGGAUCCAUGUUUGUUUGGAAAUUUGAUGCUGGAGGAAGCUUUGAAAUUGUGCUUACUCAGUCCUUGAAGUACUCUAUAGUGGAUAUGGUUUUCCGUACAAAUUGCAAUCGAGAAAACGAGGGAGAAAUCAGCCGCCUCGCCAGAGCUGCAGUUGAUGGAGAUGAACGAGCUCUGAAUAUGUUUUCCAGCUGGGAAGAUAAUGAAUUUGAACAAAGGCUGAGUUUCGUCAACAAAGAUGAUGACUUUGAACUGUUUGUUGGAUGUCAGUCAGGCAUUGUUUUCUUUAUGAAAAAGAAUGGUUACUGUGAAGGUGUCCUUCAAAUGGAAACAUCUAUACGUUAUUUAGCAUAUUAUCAGGAAAAGGACAUCUUAAUUGUACUUUCAAAAUCACUGAUACUGGCACAAUUCAGCAUUGAACAAGAUGGAUCGGUACGAGAAUUGAGAAAAAUUAAAUUAAGCGGCAGAAACACAGAUGUUGUGAUGGUUUGGGCUGGAGAAAGUCUGCUGGCAAUAAGCACAGGAGAAAACUCUGUUCAUCUUUGGAAUGUAAAUAGUGGUCAAAGCAGUACCUUGGUGAUACCUGAUUUUGCCCUUUCACAACAAAUCACGCAUAUCUCAUUUAUGGCUGCAAGGAAUGUCCUCACAGCUGGCACGAUUCAUGGUUUUCUUUUCUCUUGGCAGUUGAUAGACGUUGAUGAUGAUGAUGAAAUUGUUUGGGAAGUUGAGAAAUUACUUCAAGUCCAUGGCAACAUCAGGAGUUUUGGAUGGUGUGAAGCUCUAGAAACAAUGGCUAUGAUUACCAGUAGAGACACUUACAUAAUUUCAAAACAGAAAAUGUGUUUUGCAUUCAGUGAUGGCUUGUCUGCUGUGCAAAUGGCAGCAAGGCAGGUGGUAAUUGAACUCGUAUCGCAGGAGCUAUCUGUUCAUCUUUUGACCGAAAUGGAAAUCAAAGCAGUUUAUAUGAGUAAAAAUACUGUUGCCCUACAUUGCAGUGAUAAAUUGAUAUUUUAUGAAGUUAAUUUUGAUGAUAAAAAAACAAUGCAUUUGGGAACAUUUGCAGUAUCUUCUAAUUGCAUCCUUUUGCACGAUCAGAGUGUUUAUGUAAAAAGCGAAGGGAAAAUCGAUGUGAAGACUUUCCAAGGAACACUCAAAGCUUACUUUCAAUUUACAAAAGAUGAAGGAGAACCUCUAGUUAUGGGGGCUUCUGGGGACUUUUUUGUUGCUGCAUCCACAACUAGUGUCACUAAAAUCUGGGAUAUUAGCGGUCGCGAAGCUAAACUUGUACUCUCGUCAAAUGACGCUAAAAAUAUCAUUAAGGACAAGCAGAUAACAAGCAUAGCAUGCAAUCAUAAGGGGAAUAAAGUAAGCUUUACUGUUUGUAUAAAAACUAAAACUGGUUCGAUUUUUGAUCCACAUUUGUUUGUUUGGGAUAUUGAAAAGAAUGUUUUCAGCCAGUUUGAUUUUGCUACAGGUCAAGGAAAUAAACCAGAUGAUAAAAUAUCAAACACCAGUGAUUUGUCGGCAAUGGUAAGUGGUCGAUUUCCAGUGCAGCAUUUUUGGGUACAAGAAGACCCUAGACUGGUGGUGUGUGAAGCAAAAUUAUUGCCCCUUCCACUGAAGAAAAAUUUUGCAAAUAGUAGUUUCAGAAAAAUGCUAAAUAAACAGAAAAAGAAUAGCAUCGUGGACACAGAAAAGAAACCUGAAACUGUAGUAGUGUCUUUGUAUGUUACUCCUGAUAAAGUACUGAUUGUGCAAGAUUAUUUUGCAUUAGAUGAAAACCAGGCUAAUUUGUUAGGAGUAAAAAUUCCAUAUUAUUACAUUUUACAAAAGAAAGCAGACCCUGCACCUGAUGAAAAAGUUCAAGAGGUCAAAGGCCACAAAUCCUUAGUUGAAAGGAAAACAAUGCAAAAUUUUAUUGGUCUUGAAAGCUGUGACAAUGCAACCAAAGAAGCUCUUUUGAAUUUCAGUUACUUUUUUGCAGCUGGCAGUUUUGAUGAAGCUUUCUCUGCAAUAAAAACAAUAGACUCUGAAUCUGUUUGGGAAAACAUGGCAAAGAUGUGUGUGAAAACAAAAAGAUUAGAUGUGGCAAAAAUAUGUGUUGGAAAAAUGGGAUUGACUUUUGCUAUAAAAGCUCUCAAUAAAGCCGCUAAAGAACCUCAACUAGAAGUAAAAAUUGGAAUACUUGCUAUUCAUUUAGAGAUGUAUGAUGAAGCUGAGAAGCUUUUUAGGAGUUGUGGUAGAUAUGAUUGGGUUAAUAAAUUAUGCCAAUGUCGAGGACAGUGGCAAAAAGCUUUGGAAAUAGCUGAAGCUAAAGACAGAAUACACUUACGGGACACUUUUUACAACUAUGCAAACUUUUUAGAACGAGAGGGUGACAUUCACAAUGCAAUUAAGUUCUAUGAAAAAUCAGGAACUCAUCACUUUGAAAUUCCUCGCAUGUUAUUUGACGAUCCCAGAGCUUUGGAAGCGUAUGUUCAAAAGAGUAAAGAUCCAGAAAUUCACAGAUGGUGGGCACAAUACCUUGAAAGCAUUGAUGAGAUGGAAACUGCUUUACAUUACUACAAAACUGCUGAAGAUUAUUUAUCUCUAGUCAGAUUAUAUUGUUAUUGCAAUAACCUAGAAAAGGCUGCCGAAAUUGCUAAUGAGACUGGAAAUCGAGCAGCUUGCUUUCAUCUUGGCAGACAAUUUGAGAAUCAAGACAACAUAAAAGAAGCCAUACAUUUUUUCACUCAAGCACGAGCCUUUACCAACGCCAUUCGUAUUUGUAAAGAAAAUAAUUUGGAAGAACAGUUAAUGAACUUGGCGAUGAUGGCAGGGCCUGCUGAGAAAGCAGAUGUUGCACAACAUUUCCAACAACAAGGGAAUAUAAGUAAUGCCAUUUCAUUGUACCAUAAAGCUGGGAAUCUUGAAUAUGCUGUUGAAUUGGCCUUCCAGGAAGGGGAAUACGAUGUACUGCAGAAAAUAGCUACAGAAUUACCACCUGAUGCUGAUCCUCAGUUGUUACAGCAAUGUGCCGAAUUUUUCAUCCAAAGAGGAAGAUUUGACACAGCAGUAAAUCUUUUCAUAAUGGCUAAAAAGUAUGAAGAAGCAUUGAACCUUUGCGUUGAGAAUAAUGUAAAAAUUGGCGAAGAAUUAGCUGAAAAAUUCACUUUGGAUAAAAAUGAAACUGAUAAACAACUGAGAAUUUUCAUUUUAGAAAAGAUUGGUGAAUCAUGUAUGAUUCAAGAAAAUUACCAUUUAGCAGCUAAAAAAUUUACUCAAGCAGGUGACAAGAUAAAAGCUAUGAAAGCAUUAUUAAAAUCAGGUGAUACAGACAGAAUAAUUUUUUUUGCCAAUGUGUCUCGGCAACGGGAAAUAUAUGUGAUGGCGGCAAACUACUUGCAGACUCUAGACUGGCGGAACAAUGGGGACGUUGUGAAACAUAUAAUUACAUUCUAUACCAAAGGCAAAGCUUUGGACUUGUUAUCAAGUUUUUAUGAAGCCUGUGCUCAAGAUGAAAUUGAUGAAUAUCAAAAUUAUGAGAAAGCUCUUGAGGCUCUGACAGAAGCAUACAAAUGUCAAGCAAAAAAUUCUGGCAGUUCCAAUUCAGACAAAUUGCAAACCUUAAAAUCUAAAAUAGAAAUAAUAAGCAAAUUUGUGGAAAUACGACACUUGUAUGAAAGUAAUCCAGAGGAUGCUGUCAAAGAAUGUAGGGAUCUUUUGCACCUUGAAAAUGUAGAAGCUGCUGUAAGAAGAGGAGAUAUUUAUGGUUUCUUGGUCGAACAUUUUUGCUCUCGAGAAAAUUAUAAAGUAGCGUAUUCUAUUCUAGAACAAAUGCAGAGUACAUUACCUGGAAUCAAUCUGCCCUAUUACAUUAAAGUCGAUAAUUUAAAAGCUAUCUAUAAAGCUUUAGAUCUGAAACCACAUAAGGAAAAUGAAUUCUCUGUUUCAAAGAAAGAUUCAGAAAAUGAUUUGUCUGAUACAGAAGAAAUUGAAGAAGAGUAUCAGGCUGUAGAGAAUAGGUUUUUAUAAGCUAUGAAAUCAACUUAUUAUUAUAGUUAUGUUAUUAGGACACAAUAGUAUGGGGUGUCUGAAAAGUCCUUGACACAUUUUUAAAAUUCAUAGAAAAGCAACAUAUUGCAGACCCCGAAGUGGUUUUUUGAGGGGAAAAAGUAGGAAAUAAGGAAUUAAAAAUUAAAAGGAAAAGCAGGAAAAAAAAUCACUUAAAAAAGUAGGAAAAAAUAGGAAGAGAUAGGACUACACAUACACAUUAAAACGAUUGACAACCAUUAGUAUAAGGGACAAACUGGUGGAAACAAAGAUAUUAAUUACAAAAAUAUGAAAGUAAAAUCUAAACAAAGAAACAAAUUUCACCUAUAUAGUAAUAAAACUUUUAAGUGUGAAAAAAUAAAAUGCAAUAUAGCAAUCGGAAAAAAAAAAACAUUAAUAAUAAUAAAUCUCCUAUUUUGGUGCAAUAAAACCAUUUUUGUUAAAUAUUUUUUUUGUCAAAAACGAAAAUAUUCCUUCGAGAGCAUCCAUUUAUCAUUUAAAAAUACCAACACUUUCAGCUUUUGUUAUCAUAAACUAUGAUACAAAAGCAAAGCAAAUACUAAAUUAGUUUUAGUUAAAAAUAAUCAGCAACUGACAUGCAUUCUUGCAUAAACAGAGGCAGAUGUUUGAAUUUGAAAAAACAAGAACAAAAAAAGAUGAAAACGACUGAAAAUGCAGAACUAAAAUAAAUGUGUUCUUGAAUAUGGGACAUAAAAUUUAUAAUAAAAUAAUUAAACUAAAUAAAUAACGAAAUAAGUCGACUAAAGGGUUUGUACUAUGUUAUGUAUUUGUAGCAUUCAACAUACAUUUUUGUUUCAGGCACGUCAUUUAUGGGGGUCAAUUUUCAAUUUCUCCCCUCCCUGGCUUUGGAAAAUUAAUGCUUAGCUAUACAAGUUUGUGCGGUUUUUGUUGUUUUCAGAUAAAAUUUGCAUACAGUAUACAUCCUUCGCUAGCCACUUCUGGGGGGGGGGGUGGAAUCAAAGUGACGGGCCAGUUCUAAUUUUAAUAAAGCAAUAAAAACGAAUAUUGUUUUAAUGGUUUGACAAUUUUUACCUCCUUCUUGUUCCAAAAUCUUUGUCAUGAAAAAAAAAGGGUAAACAUCCAUGCAUGGUAAACAUAACAUUUUUAUCAAAGACAAAGAUCAGUUACUAAUGUUUCUAUGUGCAUAAAAGGGAAGGCAUAAAAUUUAUCUCAAUCCUCACCAUACAACAAACAUAUUCAUUCGGAAAUUGUUCACGAAAUUGAGAGUGAGGGGGAAGCACCUGGCAUCAAAUGCCUGCAUAUAUCUCUUUCUCACCCCCCCCCCCCCUCCCUUUGAUCAGGCGCACUAAGUACAAUAACUUACAGUAGAUAUGCCGCAUUGGUAUAAUUGCCACACCCGAAAAGAGUAAGAGUCUGUCAAAAAAUUUUUAAAUGCUCAGAAAUGUCGCAUUGCCAUAAACACAACACGUAAAAAUGAUGAGCAACUCCUCGAUAUUGAUGAUAUAUCAGAGUAGAAAAUACCCAUUAAAAAGAAAGAAAAAAUACAUAUUAGUUUGUGGCUCUAUCCCCCAACUUUUAAAAAUGUGAAGAAAUAAAAACAAAAUAUUGCAUUUAAAUUGAUUUCCGAUUUUUCUCCAAAAAUCAGGAACGUUUUGCUUAUCCAGGUUUUGCCGCCUUUUUCCUUUUUUUUUUGCAAAUACACUCUUUUCAAGGAAAGAAAAUGAAAUUUUAUAAAUUUUAUAAUCAUGUUUACAAUUUAGAAUGUACAAAAAUCAUAUUAAUGUACGAAAAAAAGUUAGUUUCUGCGAUUAUUUUUGAAGUGGUCCGCUUUUGCGAAUUUCUGUUAUUGGUCGCUUUUAUGCUGUACUAACAUCAAUAAAAUAUGUACAGUGUACAAGUUUUUCAUUUUUUGCUUCCUUAUGUUCCUUUUAAGGUUUUACAUUGCCUUUCUGUUUAAAUAGAGCUCCAUUUCACUUGUAAUCAUACAAAAACUCGGCGGACAGGAAAUUCGGUUUUUCCUGCAUUUUUUGAACAGUCGGCCGUUUACUUUAAUUAAAGUUUCUAAUUGACAGGUCAAUAAUGUAUAAUUGCAUCAGAAUGUGCCAGUAUCUAUUUUUUUUUUUUUAGUUUCGUUAAUACAGUAGGACUGAAGUCGGGGCGAUAAAAAGAAAAGUCCAUCAUAAACACCGCAACAGCACAAAAGUCACUUAUGAAAAUUUAACUUUUAAACACGCAAACGCCGCCGCGGCGUUCCUUCCAGAAAUUAAUGUAGUUAGUCAAUGAAAAGCUCAGGAUCUGCUUGAUUAUUUUGCUUUUCAAAAUUGAAACAUGUAGAAAAUUAUCGGUGCGGCAUUGUAAAAAUAAGAAUCAAUGCACAAUUAGAAGUGCUAUACUAAAGAAAGAAAAAGUAGGAAAAAAAGGGAAAAAGUAGGAAAAUACGGAGAGAGCUCUAAAAAGUAGGGAAAAUAGGAACUCUUCGGGGUCUGUAUAUUGACAUAUCACUAUGGAGUUUGCACUAUAAUACUUCACAAGUUCAAGAAUGUUUUAUGACAUCAUAAAAAAAAGGAAAAAGUGUAAUUAUAAGUAGUUUGCAUUGACAGCUGUAUUGUCACAAUAAGAAAAACAUACUUUCAGCGAUAAUUUUUCCUCCCCCCGCCCCUUUUUUUACGAUGCUAUGAAUUCUUGAGCCUAUGAAGUGUUGUCGCACAAACUAUAUAUUGAUAUGACAAAUGGUUGCUUUUGUAUCAAUUUUUAAAACGUGUCAUGGACUUUUUGGAUACCCUGUAUAUGCAAAGUUGCUGUUAAUGUUCAAUAAAGCGUUAAAUGGUUUGACAUUAAAAAGAAAGAGGCAAAGAAUUGGAAGCCCAUGUCUCUUCUCGGUAGGGCAUAAUUUACAUUGGAUUUCAGCUCCUGCACUUUUUAGUUUUGUGUGAAAUUUCACGCAUCAGAUGACAUUUAAACUAAUUAUGCCUCAAAACAAGUUCUGAAGACUAGAGAGCUUCUUUCCUUAGAGAUUAAGUCCUGUCUCUGGGAUUUUUUUCUCCUGAGAAAGUAUGGCAUGUUCUUAGGACCCAGAUGGAGUAAGAUCCUACGCAGAAAUU